AUGCCUCCAUCACUGCUGCAAGAAACUCAUCGUACAUUCGAUCACAUUGAAAAGGCUGCCAAAGACACCACAGACAAGAUUCUGGAGUUUGAUAUUAAACUAUGUCCGUGGGAGCAGCUUUUAUCAAAAUAUUGUAUUUUAAAUAAGAAUUUAGAAACUAUUCAAACUAUGAUGAAGAAGGACGAUUCAAAUUUUAGAAUGGCUCUUCUUCAUCCGAAGGAUGCAACACUUGAAGGGCUCACACAACAAGGACUUCCACAAAUAACUAGUAACAAUCCGUUGUCGUUUACAUUCGCUAAUCAAGCAGAACAAAUUGAAAAACGAAUUCAUCAUGAUGAUCUUGCCACUUUUUGUCAUACACUAAUCGAUAAGGAAUAUAAAAAGCCAAGUGGAUCACUUAAAAAGAAGGAGAAGGCAUCAAAUCAGCCAAGAGUAUUUAAAUUUGAAGAAGCAAAAUCUUUAUUGCAAGAGUCAUUCAAACAACGAGACGCUUCAAUAAGAAAACAACAAAAGAUGCGAAAAAACACAAUAAUGGAUUCUAUUCUUACUGGAAGAGACCUCAUUGUCUCAGGAAGCGAUAUCCAAAUUCUCCGAGAUCUCGAGAGACGGUCAGUGUAUGGAGCAGUGGUAAAAAGAUCUUCAGAAGACAUCUUCAGGUCAAAUAUUCCUCCAACUACCUCCACUGUAACGACCACAUCUGGACCAAUUAUUUCAUCAAAUGCCAAAAUCAAAAUCUCAACAAUUCCAAACGCCUCUAUGGCUCAAAGCGUUGCAACAUUGCAAUCCAGCAUGACACCAACUGUUAAAAAGGAAGAACCAAGUAGUGCUGCAACACCUGUUGCUCAAGACACCAAAGGUCGAACAAAGAAAUCUACUCCAAGUGGUACGGCAAGACAAAGCGCUAAAAAGUCUCCAAAUCCUGUCACAGCUCCAUCUCCUACAGUUGGAAAGACACCUUCUCCUUCUACUGCAACAUUGAACACUGCUACUACAGUUCCACCAUUUGCAACACCUUCAGCAGUCAAUCCUAUGACCACAACUCCAACAGGUGGUGCUAUCAACACUCCCCAAAUAGUGGGUGCAGGAAGAGGAAGACUUCCACCAACAGGAACAGCACUCCCUCAAACUCCAAAGAACAUGCCCUUAAGGCCCUCCACUACACCCUCUGGAGUUGCCAAUGUUAAUACUAGUACUCCUGUGACAGCAACAGCCAAUGCAAGACCAAUCUCUGCAUCUCCAAACACAGCUGCCAUAACUCCAAACCUGAUAUCACCCAAUCAACAGAGUAUGCUCCUUCAAAAUUCAUUAUUACGUUUCCCCAAUAUUCCUAAUGCUUCGAUGGCUGCCUACGGAAGAGGUUUACCACUGAGACAUCCUGCGAAUGCUGCAGCCAUGAUGCGACCCAUCAACUUUCCAAUGAAUAUGUAUCAAACUGCUGGUACUAAUCCUCAACAACAACCACCAAACGCAAAUCCUACACAACAACAAAAGAAAUAA